AUGAAGUGGGUUAUGUUCCGCGUUCAUGGCAAGGUUCAACAUGUAUUUUUUAGGCGAGAUACCAAGCUGCUGGCAGAUAGUUUGGGACUAUUUGGCCAUGUAAAAAAUGAAUCAGAUGGAUCAGUGUCUGGCAAAGUUGGAGGCCAUGAUAACUUGGUGGAUCAGUUUCUUGAAGUCAUAAAAACGGGCGUUAACGACAAGGCUAAGGUGCAUAGUUUCGAAACGACAGAAAUUACACAGGAAUACGAUACGCCUAGCAAUAUUAAAACUUUUGAAAUACUAAAAUGA